AUGGAGCGUUUCUGUAACGUCUCUGAACUACCCCGCGACGUUUGGGUAGCCAUAGCCAUUAAAGUCGCGACCACAUCGAUUGAGGACCUGUGCAGGUUCCGUAUGACGUGCUGCGUUGCGCGUGAUGUAGGCGACGACGAUAAUGUCCUCAGGAUGGUUGCCAUACCACCUCCGCAUCAACUGAAUUGGGUGUGGAUACGGGACCCUAUUAGGCGAAGAUUUUUUGAGAGGUGCAUUGAGAUUGGUCACCCGGAACUUCUGUUUCGGAAGGCGCUGCGGGAGCUCUACAUAAGACGUAACCACGCUGUAGGAUGGCAAAUGCUGCAAAAUGCAGCAAGGAAUGGGCUGGACGCAGCCAAGUACGCACUUUCAAUGGAGUUGCUCCUCCGAAGGGACGACAGAGACGCCAAAAAAGAAGGUUUGGAACUUUUUCGUGCGCUCGAAGCAGGUAACUUACUCCCGGCAUGUUACUCGAGUUGCUUCGCAGUCCUCACAAUUUCUUGGCCAGAUGAAGUCCAAAUGCCAGCUAAGGGAGAGAAACAUACAAUAUGUGACUCGACCAGAUGCAUGACCCGAGGCCACAUGGGUCUUCUCUAUGACUACCGCCGAAGGGCGGCAGAGCGGGGCUCCAUCCACGGAGUCAGAGGCGUCAACCAUAUUCGGUGCAUUCGUUGUCGCGCCGACUAUGAGGUGGAACGUUUCGUUGACAUAGCUAGGGUUUAG